CAGAUGUACUUCUAUUUCUCAAGUAGUAUGACUCAAGGGCUGGUCAGAAAUACUUUCCAUUGUAACCACGUACGCAUUAUUGGAUGUUACUCUACCAAUGCGGGUGGUUCAACUUAAAAGGCCAAAUCUAUCGUCCUGUUGCCGUUUAUCACUGUUUUCAAAUGUAAUACACAUUUAUAUAUAAUAUUUUAUCAAUUAUAUCACUUUCAAAAUAACUUCAAAAAAGUGCAAUGAGCCGAUACGUUGUCUUGAAACUUUACAAGGACAUAUUGAAAUACGGGCAAAACUUGAGAUUCACGGAUAAGAAAUAUUUUCGUGACAGGAUACGCGAAGCUUUCAAGACGAAUAAAAUUUUAACUGACGAGGCAGCAAUAGAUUUUCAAUUAAAGAAAGGAUUGAAAUUCUUGGAAGCUCGGAAAGUGGUGUAGAUUGUAUUUUAACUCAAUAAAUAUAGCAUGAGAACGAGACAUGUUGGCAAGG